AUGUUGUCCAGAUCUUACAAAGCCAUCGUCAUCGGUGCAGGACCCGGUGGUCUAGCAGUGAUGAAAUCGUUACUUGAUGUGGGACUGAGCAAGAUAUGCUGGAUCGAUAAGUCUUUUAAGGGUGGGAGGUUGAACGAACUGUAUAGGGAGAUAUCAUCGAACACAAAAGUAGGUAUAUAUCUCGAUGCGGUGGAGUCAUCAGCGACAUGUCGACGAAUCAUCGAUUCUACAUCCAAGUCAAAUGUCAUGGCGGAGUUGGAGCAGAUAGAUAGAGAUGAGACUUGUCAGUUGAGCCUGGCAGGAGAUAUGAUUGAGAUGCUCGAAGAGGGUAUAACGAAGAAUGAAGGAGUGGAAAAGAUAAAAGGGGAAGUUGAGGAAGUUCAGCUGAAGGGCUCAACGUGGUUUGUAGGCUUUCACAACCAUCCUUCACCUCUGACCACCUCUCGUCUAUUUCUCUGUACAGGCUCUCAACCCAUGACACCAUCUUUUCAUCUCCCUUACAACUCCAACCUCAAAAUACUAGAUCUAGAUAGAUGUAUGGUCAAAUCGACUCUUCCAGCUUUAUUCCCGAAGGACAAGAAGAGCAUAGUAGGUGUGAUAGGUAAUUCCCAUUCGGGCGUAUUGGUCUGUCGUAACUUGUUUGAAAUCCAUCAAGAGAAACAAAGGGAAUUGAAAAUAUUGAAUUUCGCAAGGAGUAAGAUAAGAUAUGCGAUUUAUAAAGAUGAUGGUGGGAUUGUAUUCGAUAAUGCUGGAUUGAAAGGUGAUACAGCCGAAUGGUCAAAGGAACAUAUGGAUAAUCCUACUGAAGAUGUUCAAGAGGUUCUUGAACAGAUCGACAUCAGCUCCAAUGAAGAGGAAGUAUAUCAAGAUCGGCUGAAGGAGUGUACGCAUUUGAUAUAUGCAAUAGGAUAUCAGCCGAAUCCAUAUCCCAAGAUGGUCAUUGAUGGGAAAGAAAUCAAUCAGGAUGAAUUGAUAUUUGAUCAAGAUACAUCGGAGUUCAGGAUAGAUGGGAAAAAGGUCAAUGGGUUAUAUGGAUUGGGGAUAGCUCAUCCGGAGAAAUCGCAGGACCCCGAAGGACAUGUGGAGAAUAACGUGGGGUUAGCAAAGUUCUUCAAGUUUGCUGAGAAGAAUCAAGAGCUCUGGAAGGAGGGGUAA